AUGAAACGACCCACGAACCUGAAGGGCGCCACCGUGGAGCGCCGUCGAGGGGCCCACCUCAACAUGCUGGACACCGUGCCCGGGCGACGGCUUUACGAGCGCGUCCGACACCUCGUGGAACUUCCGGUCCGCCAGAAUGAAACCGGCCUGGGCGAGCGGGACGACGGCCAGCAAGAGGAGGAAGACGAGGGUGGGGAGGAUGGCAGCGAUCAGGACGACGACGGGUUCCGCAAGCCAAUCGAGCUGACCAUCGAAGCGAAGGCGGUGACGUCACGCCAACGGCACGCCGAAGGUGCGGACCAACCGGAGGGCAACUGGAUGGAGCAGUUCCUGCGGCGGACCAGCACCGAGCGCAUCCGGUGGCAGACGAAGUACUACCGGACGGACCGGAAGCUGCUGGACAAGCCGCUGUUCCAGCAGAUCGAGGAGCUGAUCGACCUGGGCGCCCAGGACUUUGCCGAGUGGCUGAACGGGCUCGGCGCGGAGAAGUCGAACAUUACGCGCGACAUCAUCAAGCAGCUGUUCUCGAUCGAGAUCGAGGAGGAGAUCGCCCGGGCGAUCCGGGUCGACGCCCGGGAAGUCCGGGCCAUCCCGACCGAAGCGGCCCGCGACUGGCACCUCGAGCACAUGGCGCUGGAGGAGCGCAUCGCGCAGGUGAUGCGGGCGGACCAGCUCGUGGAGGGCCGGGCGGCUGCGGCCCGGCACGGGCGCGUCGCCUUUGGGCGCACCCUGCCCCGGGAGCUGCAAGGACCGCGGGGACGGAACGCCACCGACCAGGACGUCCAUGGUAUCGUGCCCGACUUCCCGAACGACCUGCGCACGCUGAAGACGCUCUUCCAGGACAUCCGGCACCUGCGCUCGGUGCGCUACCUCGUCGAGCAUCUGGCCGCCCAGGCCGACAUCCAGCGGCCACGCUACCUGGUGGAGCAGGGCCUGUUCGCUGCUCCGGCGCCGCCUACGUCCCGGACCGGCAGCGAGCCCUUUUAUCGGACGGUGCUGACGACCAAACAGGUUCUCGACAGCGUGCUACGCCACUAA